AUGAGCAACCUCUUCGAAGCAAAAGUUAAGAGCGUCCUUUCCGGCGAUACUGUCGUCCUCCACAACAUCAACAACCCCAAAGCAGAGCGUACACUGAGCUUAGCCUUUGUAACUGCGCCGAGACUGCGACGAGAGGGAGACGAGCCUUUUGCCUUCGAGUCACGCGACUACCUCCGACGUCUGCUCGUAGGCAAGGUCGUGCGUUUCCAAGUUCUGUAUAAGAUACCGACUGGCGCAAACCGCGAAUAUGGCCUCAUCGUCACACCGAACAAGGAGAUUCUUCCACAACAAGCCGUCGCUGCGGGCUGGGUCAAGCUGCGAGACGACGCCGGUCGCAAGGAAGACUCGGACGAAGCUGCCAACCUGCUUGAACGACUUGCAGUAGAUGAAGCCCGCGCUAGGGCAGACUCCAAGGGCCUCUGGGCUGAGACUGGCGGCAGGAUCAACUCAUCUUCAGAGCUGAGCGAUCCGCAACAGUUUGUCGAACAGAACAAGGGCAAAGACAUUGACUCGAUUGUUGAGAAGGUCCUCUCUGGCGACCGCCUCAUCGUGCGAUUCCUCCUCUCGCCCACCGAGCACGUGCAAACAAUGGUCCUCCUCGCCGGUGUCCGCGCACCAGCAACACAGCGAACAAACCCCUCCGACGGCAAGGUCCAACCAGCCGAGCCAUUCGGUGACGACGCGCAACAAUUCGUCGAGGCUAGGUUAUUACAGCGAGGAGUCCUUGUCGAGGUUCUGGGCACGACACCCAACGGCCAAAUUGUCGCAGACGUAAAGCAUCCUACCCAAGGCAGCAUCACACCUUUCCUGCUUAAGAACGGAUUGGCCAAAUGUACCGACCACCACACCACUCUCCUUGGCCAGAGGAUGGGUAUAUUGAGGGGGGCCGAGAAGCAGGCAAAGGAUGGUCGCCUGGGUGUCUACAAGGAGCAUGUUGCGCCCAAAGUCAGUAAGGCAGGCGAGCAAGAAGCCACCGUUAGCCGUGUUCAGAGCGCCGACACCAUCUUCAUUCGGAACAAGGCGGGUGCAGAGAAGCGCAUCAACCUCAGCAGCGUCCGUCAACCGAAGCCUACCGAUCCCAAGCAAUCACCAUGGGUAGCUGAGGCAAAGGAGUUCUUGCGCAAGAAGCUCAUUGGCAAGCACGUCAAGUUCCAUGUCGACGGAAAGCGACCGGCGACCGAGGGCUACGACGAGCGCGAGAUGUGCACCGUCACUUUCCAGGGCAAGAACAUUGGUUUGAUGCUUGUAGAGAGCGGUAUGGCUUCAGUAAUUCGCCACCGACAGGACGAUGCCGACAGGAGCCCGAUCUACGACGACCUCCUCCUUGCCGAGUCCACUGCACAAGCUGAGAAGAAAGGCCUCUGGUCGGAUAAGUCCCCCUCCGUGAAGCAGUACGUCGACUACUCGGAGUCGCUCGAGAAGGCCAAGCGUCAACUCACUCUGCUUUCGCGGCAACGCAAGGUACCGGCCAUUGUCGACUUUGUCAAGUCAGGAUCGCGCUUUACUGUAUUAGUACCUCGCGAGAACGCGAAGCUUACCUUUGUCCUCUCCGGUAUUCGCGCACCUCGAUCAGCGAGAAAUGAAAGCGAGAAGGGCGAACCGUUUGGCAAGGAGGCACAUGAGUUUGCCAACCGCCGCUGUCAGCAGCGCGACGUCGAGAUUGACGUUGAAGACUGCGACAAGGUCGGUGGCUUCAUUGGUACUCUGUACAUUAACCGUGAGAACUUCGCAAAGACUCUGGUUGAGGAAGGUCUGGCUACGGUUCAUGCCUACUCAGCGGAGAAGUCUGGCAACGCAAACGAACUGUUUGCGGCUGAGCAAAAGGCCAAGGAUGCACGAAAGAACUUGUGGCAAGAUUACGAUCCAUCUCAAGAAGAGGAUGACGGAACAGCAGCAGUUGCUGAGCCCACCAACGGCGACGCUGAACCAUCAAGGAAGGCAGACUACCGCGAUGUUAUGAUCACCCACGUUGAAGACGACGGAAGACUCCGUCUGCAGCAGAUCGGCAGCGGCACAUCAGCCUUGACAUCCCUGAUGAGCGCCUUCAGCAAGUUCCAUCUCAACCCAGCAAACAGCGCGAGUCUGCCAGAUGCACCCAAGGCCGGCGAGUUCGUAGCAGCCAAGUUCACUGCUGAUGACCAAUGGUACCGUGCACGCAUCCGACGCAAUGACCGAGAGAACAAGAAGGCUGAGGUGGUUUACAUUGACUACGGUAACUCGGAGACGAUCCCAUGGGCCCGCCUUCGUCCACUCUCACAAGCCGAGUUCCUGCCAUCGAAGCUGAAGCCGCAGGCGGUAGAGGCCCAGUUGGCGUUUGUUCAGCUUCCUGGCAACUCUGAGUAUCUUGCCGACGCCGUCAGCUUCAUCUCGCAAGAGACAGCUGACCGUGAGCUCGUCGCCAGAGUUGAGGCUACUGAGAAGGAUGGCAUGCUCUGGGUAACAUUGUACAACCCCGACCAGAGCAAAGACGGCACAGAAAGCAUCAACGCCGACAUCCUUAGCGAAGGUCUUGCCAUGGUGCCAAAGAAGUUGCGGCCAUGGGAGCGCAACGCCAGUGUGCUUGCUGCCAUGAAGAAGAAGCAGGACGUGGCCAAGGAGGAGCGCCGCGGCCAGUGGGAGUAUGGUGAUCUCACUGAGGACUAG